AUGACCAUAGAAACAUCGAAUCUGACAGAAUCUGACUCACCACCUUCUUAUGAUGCUUCGGAAUGUAAUUCCAACACCAGACAAGAAAGUAUAGCCAACGGCAGUAAGCGCAAGAAUGUGCCGUACCAACCAUCGGCAGAACAACAGCGUCAAAUCGAUCUUCUAUCUGGCACUGAAUCCUCCUCGAAGCCACGAUCACCGCUAACAACAGUAAAUAGUGCAACACGUACUGAAUACUUUGAUCUACUACCAUCGUUUGAAAUGUUUCAAAGUAUCUUGAAGAGAGAUGAUCGCCAAUUUCAGGAAGAUUUGUCAAGAUCUCCUCCAUGCUACGGUGACACUUUAAACAGUGUACCAAGUAAUAGUGCCUCUUCAGCCCUGUUGCCACAUCCAUCGAUUGAUCAAAAUCUACACAGUUCGGUCCCGGAAUAUAGAAUAGAACAGGAGUUGGAAAGACAACGGGAGCAGGAGCAUGCAACUUUUCAUGAAGUGAGUUCUAGACCCACCCUAAGUCCUAUUGCUUCUUCCCCAGGACUACACAACCAAAACAUGGCUGUCACAGAAGAAACAUACGGCGCAUCACCUUUGGAUAACAUAGAUAGAUUGAACAAAACCACCAAUUCUGCCAUCGACAUUCAAAUAUAUGUCACGAAAACAGUUCCACAACCAAAUACAAAAAGUGACUUGGAGUCUCGGUUGAAAGAGUACACGAGUGGGGAUCAUGUCAAUGGGUAUAUUAUUGUAUCCAAUACAUCGUCAUCACCGAUUGAAUUCGGUCUUUUCACAGUUUCACUUGAAGGGACGGUCAAAUCCACCGAAAGAAAUGCAAACACGUUUGAUUUCAAUCACAGGUAUAGCCGAAUUUUGAUGAAGAAGUUUCUUAAAAUGUAUGAUUUGAGUGCCAGUUACGGAUACACUUAUGUCCCUAAUAGUGCCGGUAUUGAAUACGAGCCAUUUACAUGGGACAAGGUGGAUGGUUGCUCAAUUGGCUUACCUGAUAAUAGAAUCUUACGACCGAAGACCAAGUACAAAAAGUUUUUCACUUUCAAGUUUCCACAUAGUUUGUUGGAUAAUGUUUGUGUAAACUCUGUUCUACCGCAUUUACUACCACCUCCUUCGAUGGGGGUGGACAAAACGUGCUUUUACAAUAGAGGUGAAAGUAUUGUUUUGAAUAAGGCAUUGGGAUAUGGUACAUUAAACAUGAGGGGAACCCCGUUGUUGACCAAGGACUUUUGCUUUGAUGAUAUGAGUGUGUCCUAUACAAUUGAAGCCAAGAUUAUCGACAAAGUGAAUUCAAAAGAAGCUGUUUCUCAUCAAGAUAUAAACAGUGCCAAAAAUGAAUAUGUCAUUUCCAAAAGUGCACAAUACUUUCUUCGUUUCAUUCCCGAUUUGAAAGAGCAAGUUGCAUACUGCAAGCUCCAUAGUGUAGGAAAUUACCCAGACAUUGGUCUCGGUGGUAAGUUUCUUGAUCAAUUGAAGUACAAUACUACGUGGAAUUCAAUUCUGGAGCUAAAUGAUCAAGUUGAGAAGGAGAUCGAACAGAAAUUAAACAAUGAAGAACUUUCACCACUUGAGAUGAAAUUGAAGAAUUUGAAGCUUCAUGAGGAUUCAAAGGUUAUCCAAAACGACACAUUCGUAACAACCAACCGACCAGUUGACAUUUACGGCAAAAAGAAGAAAAUGAUUCUAUCAUCUUUAAUCAAGCUAGGGCAACUGACAAUGUCAAUAAAUUUUCCUGACAGAGUUAUUCCGUAUGGAUCUCCCAGGUUAUUAAUGAAAUACAAUAGUGGAGAAGACAAUUCAUUACAGCCAGUCACCAGUAAUAUGGAAGACCUUUACAAUCGAAGGGUUGAGGAUGUGCUUGAUACUCUAGAGGCCGACUUGUGUUUUGAAAGUGAUAGUAAUGUGAGACCACCUCCCAUAAAAGUGAGCACAAAUAUUGUGGCCUGGUCGUACAAUACAGAGUACCCGCUUCCAUUCGAGAUGGGCUAUGAUUUUUUUUAUAAAAGUCACGAGAGUGUACUGAAUGAUUCGGUUGAAACAACUCAAAACAAUUUACACCUUGUCAAAAGUCAAGUGAGCAACUACAUCAGCUUUUUGAAGUCAAACUCCCUUAUUAUCAGCAAAGAGUCAUUUAUGUACUUGAAGUCGGUACAAAAAUUGGGUAUCAAAAAAGACACUAUCAAGGAUUACUUUCAAUCCAACGUUGAAGAACCCGAUUGGCAAAUCAGUCAAAUUAGUGACAGAAGAUUCAGGUGGACAAAACGAUUGAAAAUCUCCUUAGUGAUUGAAAACAAACAUAACGUGACGUUGCUACCGACAUUUCAAAACUGUUUAAUCGGUAGAUUGUACUGUCUACAAGUGGCUGUGAAGUACAAGGGAACAAAUAGUGAACAAAAUGAGUUUGCGCACAAUGUCGUUAGUUUAGAUGUACCCGUGUUGGUGGGAUGA